CCGCCCUCUUUCUGGAGGAGGAGCCCAGAGCGUACGGGAGGGGGCGGACCCUUGCCCCUCCCGAACUUGGGCCGGAGUGGUGCGGGCGGCGCGAGGCGGCGAUUCCCACGUGUUGGCUUUCUCACGCUAGCCCACUUUAGUCCUCCUUGACGACCCGGGCCUGUAGGCCCGCUUGCCGCCAAGAUGCCGAAGGUCAAGUCGGGGGCCACUGGCCGCCGCUGCGGGCGGCAGGAGCAGCGCCGGGAGCUGAAGAGCGCUGGAGGACUCAUGUUCAACACGGGAAUUGGGCAGCACAUUUUGAAAAAUCCUCUCAUUAUUAACAGCAUUAUCGAUAAGGCUGCCUUAAGACCAACUGAUGUAGUGCUAGAAGUUGGACCUGGAACUGGCAACAUGACUGUAAAGUUGUUAGAAAAGGCAAAAAAGGUUGUUGCUUGUGAACUUGACCCAAGGCUGGUAGCUGAACUUCACAAAAGAGUUCAGGGCACGCCUGUGGCCAGCAAACUUCAAGUACUAGUGGGUGAUGUGUUGAAAACAGAUUUGCCAUUCUUUGAUACUUGUGUGGCAAAUUUGCCUUAUCAGAUCUCAUCGCCUUUUGUCUUCAAGCUGUUGCUACAUCGACCUUUUUUCAGAUGUGCUAUACUUAUGUUUCAAAGAGAAUUUGCCCUCCGACUGGUUGCAAAACCUGGAGAUAAGUUAUACUGCAGACUCUCAAUUAAUACACAGCUGUUGGCACGUGUGGACCAUCUAAUGAAAGUUGGAAAGAAUAACUUCAGACCACCGCCCAAGGUGGAAUCCAGUGUUGUAAGGAUAGAACCUAAAAAUCCACCACCACCCAUCAAUUUUCAGGAAUGGGAUGGUCUAGUAAGGAUAACCUUUGUUAGGAAAAACAAGACACUCUCUGCUGCAUUUAAAUCAAGUGCAGUGCAACAACUCUUGGAAAAAAACUACAGAAUUCACUGUUCAGUCCAUAAUAUUAUAAUACCAGAAGAUUUCAGCAUAGCAGAUAAAAUACAGCAAAUCCUAACCAGCACAGGUUUUAGUGACAAACGGGCCCGUUCCAUGGACAUAGAUGACUUCAUCAGAUUGCUACAUGGAUUCAACGCAGAAGGUAUUCAUUUUUCCUAGGUGUUUGGAAAACAGAAUUUUUCAAGGUCAAGAAAAGAAAUGAAUUUUGUAUUUUUUGUAUUUGAGAAGAUAAUGCUUUUGCUUUAGAGACAUAAUUUACUUGACUGUUUUUGGUUCGAUACUACUACUGUUGUCACCAUUUAUGAAUCUGAAUUUUUAAGUUGGAAAGUUCUAAGUAUCCAAGUUUUUAAUAUAUAGAGCUGGUCCAAUCUAUUCAUAAUAAUCUUCAAGUUCAGGAGCCGCAGAGACGCACAACUUUACACUUAAACUUAUCAUUUCUAACAGUUUAUUGUAUAAAGAUGUUACUCUUCUAUUUACUGUAUACUGUGAGGCCUUCUUUAGGCCUUUAGCUCUGUUCCUCCAGUAGUAAAACAGUUAAAAUAUGCUUCACUAGUCACACAUUCCCCAUACCAUUUCAUGUUAUUCACAUUCCCCGUACCAUUUCUUGUUAUUCACAUGUACAGUAAAAUAAUUGUUUCUUAAAGUAU